UUCCGGUGUGAUACGAUGUGCUUCGCUUCGAGCGGGAGACGCGUUGCAGCGAGAGAUUCCCGCGCAGGAGAGGAAGACUGGACAAAGCGGAAGAAGCAGAAUAAGACGAGCAAAGCAGAAGCAGAAGAGCAGAAGAGCAUAAGAAGACCGAGAGCCGAACGAGUAGAAGCGGGGUUGCUAAGAAGAAAGUGAUUAGCGAGUUGAUCGCGCGUAUCCGAAGAUAGCGAAGAAGAAGGCAGAGGACAGAAAGAUCGGGAGAGUAGCUACGGAAGCGCAGAGAGACAAAGAUCGAAAGAGAAGGAGAGAUAGAAAGAAAGGAAGAAAGAGCAAGAAUCGGAAAGAAAGCUCGAGAAAGAGAGAGAACCCCGCGCUCAUACAUAUAUAUUUCAGUGUGUUCAAAAACGAGUGUACCUAAGUGCAAUAUUAAUUAAACCUAAACGAUAAUAAGAAGCAACCACAACUACCAUCGACGAUAUCGGUAACGACGAGCGGUGAUCGAUAAUCGAAUAGAAUUCCUUUUAAAGAGUUAAAACGCUAGAGUCGCAUUUCGAGGAGGAGUCAUCGACGGACGCGACGCAGCAGCUUGAAAGAAAAGGAAGAUCGGAGGAAGUAGGCGGAAGCAGAAACGGAGUGACGGAAAUCCCGGAGAGAAACGCUCUCGUCCCGCUUAAAAGAAUUUACACGAACUCACCGAUUCAGGCCGACGCGCGCGACACAGCCGACACCAACUUUUCGAGCCUGUUCGAGCGCGUUCGAGCACACCCACACACCCACACACACAACACGCACGCACAUCCAACAUAACGGGGCUAAAAUACUCAGGGCAAAACGGGACGAGCAGUAAUCAUCCGCGAGUGCGAUUUCUCACCCCGAAGAGGAGUGGAAGCCUUUCCGACCGAUAAACGAUUCGCGUCCGCGUAGACUAUCCUUCUCGUUUACACCGUCCGGGCUGGGCAAUCCUGAAUUUUAACCUGAACUUAAGUGUACGCUAGAGUUUAAGUUUAGAUAGACGAAGGAAAACAGACCGUUCUCCUAUUUGCUGGAGAACGUUCGCUCGCGCGCGCAACAACUCACGCAAAGCACACAUAUAAAGCACAUACAUACACAUUUACCAUACACACACAUACACACACACACACAUAAUCAUAUGACACGUAAAGGAGGGGGAAAAAAAUAAAAAGAAGAAAAAGAAGAGAA